ACGAAGCGAAACCAAUAAACCAAUCAAAUAUCAAAUGAAAAAGAGAAAAGUUAUUGAAAGGUUGAUGUUCUAGUUUUGUUGUUUGUUGCUAUUGACUUGAAUUGCAGUAUUACGAUUUAGUUCCAAAUCCGUAUAAUCAAUAAAUUCGGGCCGAUGUGUGCUGAAUCAUUUGAGAAUUCUCAGAAUGGGAUUUGAAAUAAAAAGGUUUCAAGGUGACGUUGAUGAGGAGCUGAUUUGUCCUAUUUGCUCAGGGGUUCUCGAGGAUCCUUUGCAGGCACCAGCCUGCGAGCACGCGUUUUGUCGCGCGUGUAUCACAGAGUGGAUCAGCCGCCAGCCGACGUGCCCGGUGGACCGCCAGGCGGUCACCGCCAGCCAGUUGCGACCAGUUCCGCGAAUACUACGUAACCUGCUGUCCAGGUUGUGCACAAGCUGCGACAAUGCUCCUCAUGGUUGCAACUCUGUGUUAAAGCUGGACUCCCUGGCAUCCCACUUAGUUGAAUGUGAAUACAACCCUAAACGACCAAUGCCAUGCGAGGCCGGCUGUGGCCUCGUGAUACCGAAGGACGAGCUGCAGGAGCACAACUGCGUGCGCGAGCUGCGAGCACUCAUCGCCACGCAGCAGGGCAAACUCACCGACUUCCAGCAGGAGUUAGCAGAGCAAAGACUGGUCAUCAAUGAGCAUAAGAGGGAACUCGCGCUUUUGAAGGAGUUCAUGCGCGCGAUGCGCGUGUCGAACCCGGCGAUGCGAGUGCUGGCGGACCAGAUGGAGCAGGAGGAGGUGCUGCGCUGGGCCAACUCGCUGGCGCGCGCGCGCGUCACGCGCUGGGGCGGCAUGAUCUCCACGCCCGACGACGUGCUGCAGAUGAUGAUAAAGCGCAGCCUGUCGGAGUCGGGCUGCCCGCCGCACAUCAUCGACGAGCUCAUGGAGAACUGCCACGAGCGCCGCUGGCCGCCCGGCCUGUCCUCACUCGAAACCCGACAAAAUAAUAGAAGAUUGUACGAGAAAUACGUGUGCAAGCGUGUGCCCGGCAAGCAGGCCGUGCUGGUGCUGCAGUGCGACAACACGCACGUGGACGAGCACAUGAUGAUCGAGCCCGGCCUCGUCAUGAUCUUCGCGCACGGCAUCGAGUAGCGGGCGCGCCGCCGGCCGCUGCGACGGCGCACGCAGGCUCGGUGGGGUACCAACUCCAAUACGCCCUCUAAUAAGUGCCAUCUGCGAAGCUGCCUACUGUGUCUGUGUACUGUACUGUGCUGGUGACGACGCACGGGGAGAUAGCGGUGGGGCCAAUGAUAUUAUAACUAUAAUUAUAGUUAUAGUUCAUAAAAGGUGCGAUAUUGACGUGCCUUUUUAUUGAAAAACACUUGAAAAUUAAGUCGCGGCAGAUAUGUAACAAUUAUAAAUCAUAUACGAUCAUUUACAUUCUUUUGCUUUCAUAAGUUACUGAUUUUUAGAAAGCGUUUUUCAAUAAAAAAUCAUGUCAAGAUUGUUUACUUACCUUUUUUCUAAUGCUAAAAAAACGAACUAGUAAUAUCAUUGAGUGGGGCGCGUCUUCGUAGAUGUUACUAUCUACGUAUAUACGGUACUGGUGGGGCUGAAUAACCCGCUUGCUUCGGAUUCGUAUGACCUUUUUAUUACACGAUGUAAAAUGAACUUAUCUCAAAAAGGGUCGAUGGAAAUGAAGUUCUGUGGACGCCUUGCCAUUAAUAGACUGUGCCCACUUUAUAGUGUACGUGAUCCACAUUCGCGGCGUUCGCGGUAAUUCUAGUUAUAAUUAUAACUAAGCCGUUCUCAGUUUUGGAGCGCGACACUCGCUCUAACCAGUGUUGGCCGGACGUUAUCUAGAAUUGAAAAUAUUAAAAAUUAAAACGUAAACGGUAAUCGUCCGUAACACUGGUUCCAACUGUGGUGCGAACAUAAGGGGGCAAAACUAGUGAUGUUUCGAUGUUCAUGUAACAUCCCAUCAGUUCUAGAGGUAUUUUAAACUCAUCGGUCGAAGUACACAAGUCUCUCUCACUGCUCUAACCUAAAUUUAAUAGUUAUAACUUUAUAACAUUACUGAACAAUGAGAGCGAAGCAACCAUUUGGGUAUUAAAAUCCACAUAUAAUUCCGACUGAGUGUGAAAUCAUCCGAACAAGAAUAGAGUUUAUUAUUUAAAAAUUUUGGGCAUUAUUGCGAGCCUUACAUUCUGCUUUUAAAGCGGAAAAAGAUAAUCCCCGCGAAAUUGUCUUUGAUUCUCCAAAUUUCGAACUUAAAUAUCAGAUAAAAUCUUUCAGGUUUGGUCGAGUUUUCCUUAUGAAUAUGGAUAGAAGAAAUUUUGUGUUAACGGAACCAUGUUUAAUUAGCACAGAGUUUAUAUGAUUUUUUAACGCUGAUAACUGAUUAGCAUAGACAAUGAUUGUAAUAUUUACAAAAGUUGCAAAGUAUUGUUUAUAAGUGAGAAAUUUUAAUUAAGAGUGGUGACAUUCCUAAAUUAAUUUGUAUUUUAUUUUGUGAGUUGCCUUAUGUUUUUAUAUACAAUUGCCAGUUAAAUAUUAUUUGAAUAAGGAUUUUUACAAAUAUCAGUGAUUGUGUGCUGUGUUAUGUUUAUUAUAGUGCGUAAUGCUUAUAAUACUGCAGGUCUAUAAAUAUCAUUUUCUCAGAAUUAUAUUUAUGGUCAUGUAUACUUUUUGUUUUCCACAAAAUCACUUGAAGUAUGAAGUUUUUAUUUUUAUUUUAGUCCAUAAUAUUGUUUUCGUAUUUUGGAUUUAAUUGGCAACAAAUACAAUAAUAAUUUUCGUAAAUUUGUUUAGGUUAAUGAGUUUAGCAUUAAAUAUAAUCGAUAAAUUUUUAGA